CUUGAACUUGGAUUUGGUGGCAAUAACCCUAACCCUUUUCUUUUCCUUUCUCUCGCCUUCCAGUGACACUGGCAGCUUCGCCUCCGUCGUAAUGCCUUCGCUGCCUUUGAAACCAAAGCUGCCAGUGUAGUAUAUAUAUGGCAUGCUCCGCUCCCUUGUGGAAAGUACAGUACCUAGUACUCAUCUCACAACGCUUGUCUAGGUACUUGCCAUUCCGUCGAUAUCUUAGAGGGCUUCCUUAGGUUUCAUUACUACCUAGGUACCCUUGUCCAGUUAUUGACAUCGCUCGUCAUGGACGUCCACCUUCUUAUCUACGACCUUUCGAAAGGCCUUGCCCGGCAAUUAUCCAUGAGUUUGCUCGGCUUUCAACUAGAUGCGAUAUACCACACAUCGAUUCAGCUUAACGGAUUGGAAUAUGUUUACGAUGGCAACGUUGUCGCAAUCAAGCCGGGGUCGUCGCACUUGGGUCAACCAAUGCAGAAGUCGUUUCUUGGGAAAACCGAAUUGACUAUGGAUGUGAUCGAGGAGUACAUUGACUCUCUGCGGGAGAUUUACACAGUCGAGGCAUAUGAUUUAUGGAGACACAACUGCAACAACUUUUCAAACGACUUGGCUACCUUUCUUCUAGGUAAAGGCAUACCCGAGUAUAUCACCAGCAUGCCACAAGCCGUGCUAGACUCCCCGUUUGGACAGAUGCUCAUGCCCACGCUUAACCAGCAAAUCAGAGCAAACAAGCGUGGCGGUGGCAUCCUGGGCAUAGAGCAGCAAACCCCUGGCAGUUCGGUCAAGCCUCAAUCGCAACUUCAUCACCCAGUCGGCAAAGUCCAUGUCGUUUCCAGUCUGACGCAGCUGGAUGGAUUGUUGGCCAAGCAUCAAAACUCAUGUGCGGUUGUCUUUUUUACUUCAGCAACCUGUCCGCCGUGCAAGACACUUUAUCCGCUGUACGACGAGUUGGCGGCCGAAGUUGGGGACAAGGGUGCCUUGAUCAAGGUUGAUACCUCACAGGCUUUCGACAUUGGCAGUCGUUACUCCAUCACGGCCACGCCAACCUUCAUCACCUUCUUGAAGGGCCAGCAGGAGAAUCGAUGGAGCGGUGCAGACCCUAGCGCCCUGAGAGGCAACGUCCAACUGCUCGUCCAAAUGGCGUGGCCGCCACACCCGCAUCAAGCGCUCGACUUGCCCACGUUUUCCAACCCCGGGGCUGAAUUCGUCACCUUCUCCAAGGUGCCGCCUUUGCAGAAGCUCCUCAAUAAGAUGGGGCCCACGGCCGUCAAGCCUGCAGUACAAGAUGUGAAGACCUUCAUCGAGACACGGUCGUCCCAAGGACCUGCCGAGACAACCCUCCCUGACAUAGACGCGUUCACGACUGUCAUACGCGAGUCCCUCCAGAGCCUCCCAAUAGAAAUCCUCUUCACCAUCAUCGAUCUGCUCCGCUGCGGGCUCAUCGACCCACGCUUUAGCGGGUAUCUCGCCGAGGAGCGCGAUCAACGCACCAUCACCAGCGUCCUAGAGCACGUCACCAACCUCUCGGCAACAGAUUGCCCCUACGCUCUGCGCCUUGUCACCCUGCAGAUGGCGUGCAACCUCUUCACCUCGCCACUGUACCCAGACCAGGUUCUGGUCCACGAACGGCUACGCACCCUCAUCACUCAACUCAUCUCAUCCAGCUUCCUCGACGACAGCCACAACAACGUACGCGUCGCUGCAGCGAGUCUACUGUUCAACGUCGCACUCGCCAAUAGUAGGAAGAGGCGUGACGGACCGGGAGAUAUGCUACCCGAGGCGGAUCAGGUGGAGCUAGCUGCGUCGGCGCUCGAGGCCAUCACCCAGGAGGAAGCGUCGACCGAGGCCCUCGAGGGGAUGUUGCUGGCGCUGGGUUACUUGGCGUAUCGGUUGCCGGUUGAGGGGGAGUUGGCGGAUUUGCUGAGGACCAUGGAUGCCGAGGAUGUCGUGUUGACGAAGGGAAAGGUCAACCUCGAGCGGCGCUUCCGAGACGUGAUCGCCGACAUCAAUGAGACCCUGAUUGGCAUUUCUCUCGACCCGCGCCUGAUGCCGAACUCUGCAGGCUACCUCGAAGUCGCGCAGCGCAAUGUCCGCUCGGGUGCGAGCACUCCAUCGCUGCGCUCGCGCGAUGGCACCGUCCCGCCGCAUGCAAGGCCAGAUCCGGGAGGAAAUGUGAGAGUGGUGGUCAGAGUGAGGGCGUUCCUGCCGAGGGAAAUCGAGAGGAAUGCGGAAUGCCUCAUCCGCAUGGAUCCCGUUACGCAGCGGACAACGCUCCUCGUCCCAAAUGACUCCGACCCGGCCAACGCGCGGGCGCGCUCCCGCAAGGUCAUGGAGGAGAAGUCCUUCACCUUCGACAACAGCUUCUGGAGCCACGAUCCAGAAGACGAGCAUUACGCGACACAGGAGGAUGUCUAUGACAGUCUGGGCGAAGAGUUUCUCGAUCACAACUUUGAGGGGUACCACACGUGCAUAUUCGCUUACGGUCAGACCGGCUCCGGCAAGUCUUAUACCAUGAUGGGAACACCAGACCAGCCAGGCCUCAUCCCGCGAACCUGUGAGGAUCUGUUCGAGCGUAUUGCGGCGGCACAGGAUGAGACGCCCAACAUCAGCUACAAUGUGCGCGUCUCUUACUUUGAGGUCUACAACGAACACGUCCGCGACCUACUCGUCCCCGUUGUCCCCAAUCAGGCCCCUUACUACCUCAAGAUCCGCGAGUCUCCCACCGAAGGCCCCUACGUGAAAGACCUUACCGAGGUGCCCGUCCGCAGCCUACAUGAAAUCCUCCGGUACAUGCGCAUCGGCGACAACAACCGCACGACGGCCAGCACCAAGAUGAACGACACCAGCUCUCGCAGCCACGCGGUCUUCACCAUCAUGCUCAAACAGAUCCACCACGACCUCGAGACCGACGAGACGACCGAGCGAAGCUCUCGGAUCCGUCUGGUAGACCUCGCAGGCAGCGAGCGGGCCAAGUCAACCGAAGCCACCGGGCAGCGGCUGCGCGAGGGCAGCAACAUCAACAAGUCCCUCACGACGCUCGGGCGCCACCGCUCCUCCCGCUCCUCCUCCUCGCGCAAGGAUAACUCGGUGGUGCCCUACCGCGACAGCAUUCUCACCUGGCUGCUCAAGGAUUCGCUCGGCGGGAACUCCAAGACGGCCAUGAUCGCGUGCAUCGCCCCAUCCGACUACGAAGAGACGCUAUCCACCCUCCGGUACGCGGACCAGGCCAAGCGCAUCCGCACGCGCGCGGUGGUCAACCAGGUGGACAGCAUCAGCACGGCGGAGCGGGACGCGCAGAUCGCGGCGAUGGCGGCCGAGAUCCGGCAGCUGCAGCUCGUGGUGGGCGACAGCCGGCGGCGGGAGAAGGACGCGCGCGAGGCGGAGGAGAAGCUCGAGGAGUACCAGGCGCGGGUGCGCACGCUGCAGCAGGCCAUGGAGGAGCGCAGCCUGGUGGCCGAAGGCAAGAUCCGCAGCCUGCAGACGGAGAACGAAGCGCUGCGGUUGCAUCUGAAGCUGGCGCUGGAGAGCCUGCGGAAUCCCAUCCCGGCUGUCGCCGUCAGAGGGGAAGGGGACGCAGUCGGCGAAACUUUUCAGGAUGGAGGAAAUAACAAGGAAAAUGAGCCACAGCCUAAAGACGGCGGCGCCGGCGCCGGCGACGACGACGACGAUGGCUAUGCUUCUGGUGGUAGUACGACGGAAGCGGUUGGGUAUGAGCGCCACGCGGACGAUAUGGAUGAGCACAUGCGCGGCUUACUGCGGGAUCUGGACUUGUUCCGUCGCAAGAUCGGAGACGACAAGACAAGGUUUCUGGAUGAGCUGAGCCGGCGGCGGCCGUUGGGAAACAGGACGAAUAUCAUCUAA